CACCUGUUCACUGUUUGUGUGGUGUAGGGACAGUAAAGUACAGGACGUCUUACGUUAGUAAGGUCAUUGCAGGAAGGCAUAUACUUUCAUACAUACAUAUAAAUCCAAACUAACAUAUUAAAAUUAUCGGCCAGUUCCAGGUAUCGUACAAUAUACACUGUAGGGUAGAUAACAUGCCUACACACUCGGGAAUUCUUCCUAAUAAUGAUCUUCUAGGAAUUUGUGAAGAAUUAAACAACGUCAAGUAUACUCUUAUAUAUUUUAUAUACAAAGCGAAAACAAAUGGAAUUACCUUGUAUUCACUAGUUUAUCAUUUGAAAAAACGAAAGUAGAUCUGGCGUUCCAUUUUGUCAACUUGGUGAGAAGAAAAUGGCAUCGCCUUUACCCGAGUACACGGGUAAGGAUUUGAUACAAAGUGUACAUGACAAAGAUGUGGUGAAGCUUGCUGCUGUGGUAAACAGUGGUAUCAGUGUGACUUACAGGACAAAACGUGGCACUUCGGUGUUGCACGUCGCAGCAAUGCUUAGAGAUAAAGAAAUGAUGCUUCAUCUUUUAAAAAAGUAUCCCCUUUGCAUAGAAAUUGGCAAAAAGCUUGAUAAACAAAAGGGGUACAAUGCUAUGCAUCACUGGUGUGCAAAUGAAGGAGACAGUGAAGUCUUUGACCAGUUAACACGUGCAGGAUUUGACUGUAAAGACACAACGUCUGCUGGUCAAACAUCAUUGGAUUUAGCCAAGAACACAAAAACCGAUGUUUUGGUGAAGCAUAUAGAGAGCGUCUUGAAAGAUCCGUCCAUUGGUGAUUUCUCGACUUGGACCGAGUUACAUGAAUGUGCAAUAGAUGGAGAAGCAUUAACAUGUUUAAAUCUGAUUGAAAACAAUAACGGUGCGGACGUAAUGAAAUGUGCUACCUGUCCAAGGACAAAUAUUAAGAUAGAACUUCCACCUUCUCUUACACCACUGGAAGUAGCAGUAUAUUUUGACAAUUGUGCAGUUCUGAGACCGUUGGUGAUGUAUACAGAAUAUCACAUCAUUCAGAAAUGUCUGAAAAUUGUGAAAAUUUCCACAAAAGCCAAGCAAUGCCUACUUAGAGAAAUUUGUAGUAAAUUGCGUAAGGAGUAUAAGGAGGAUUGUGUAGUAUUUGGGAAAAUAUGUGGAGAAGGAGAAGAAAACAAAGGAAAGGUGUGUGUCGUCUUCAGCAAAACAAAGACACAUGGGAAAGAGACAAAAAAAGCAGGUUAUAGAAUUUUGUUUCGUAACCCUUCCAUUUGCGAGAAAGAUGGAAGAGACGAGGGAAGAGAAGUUUUGCAACAUUGUCACAGGCGCAACUACCUGUUAUCAGACACUGAUAAAACGCGAAUAGACAAAGCCAUAAAUAGUAAAUGUGACCAUUUGUGGGCCAAGCAUUCCAACAUCAGAGGGUUCAUAUCAUCACCAGUCAAAUGUAGUAAAGGAAAGUUCAUAGAGACACCCUGCGUGGUCAUACUUUGCCUAUUCAAAUCCUUCAUACCCGAAAAUGAGUCUCGAUUUCCAGACGUCCUAAAUGUGGACGAUGAGGUCGUUCCAGUCGAUGUCCGGGAAGGAUGCUUCAACUUGGUGGGAUGUGACAAUCCUUUGGCGACCCAUGUGCGUUUAAAUAUGGGUUGUAACAUUGGAACAAACGAUGAAACGUCACGGUUCGGAACCUUGGGACCAUUUGUUGAUAUAGAAGGUAAACUUGCUUUCCUAACGUGUGCACAUGUCAUGUUCUCACUACAAGAAUGUCUCAAAAAGGCAGGUGUGCAAGAUCAAUCUAGAGGAACACAACUUGAUUUUACCCAACAUGGGGGGACAAGACGCGAGGAUAGGGAACACGAUCAGCAAUGUGAUCCUCAUGAAUCUGAAUCAACUAAACGUUUGGCAUUGCAGCCCGCAAGCAGUUCAUCUGGUGUAUCAUCAGGCAAAGAUGAUCGCGAGUGCGGACAAGUGAAAAAGUGGGAUUACGCAAUUGACCAGGAAACAUCAAUCGACAUAGCUGUUGUCGAAAUAACCAAGCAAGACAGAAUACCUCUUUCAGGUCGAUUCACUGUGUAUGAUAUGAAACAACUAAAGAUGAGUGGUUAUGCCAACGAUGAGCCUACAUUCGAUACCGGUAAGGUAGGACAGCCAACAUAUGUUGAAGGUGAAAGGGAACAAGCAGUACCUGCAGCCACUGAAGACGGACCACCAAAACCAGAUGGAAGAGGAGAACAUAUACCUGAUCCGAGAAACAACAUUAUCCUUUUUGGAAGUUCAUCAGGUCUGACAAACGGUAAAUAUAGAAACAGCUCAAAAGUUCAGUUCACAACAAAACUGUGUGGAACGACCAAUGCACAUGAAAGAUACCGCGGCUUGUAUUAUAUAGACAAUAGCCAAUGUGAGGAAACGCACUGCAAACUUCCUCCUCUAGCCCUCUUUGGCGAUUCUGGCGCAGGAGUCUACCAGCGAAUGGACGACAACUCUCUGGUCUGUAUCGGGGUGUUAGUAGCGGUGGAUAAUACAGGCUCUGCUCUCGUCAUUCCUAUUGAUCCGAUUCUGAAACAUUUCGAUGUGAAGCUCAAAGUUUUCUAAACGUCUCAAUCACACUAUGAUAUCGAGAAUCUCAAUAUAACAUUUAAACUCAUAUAUCACAAAUUCAUUGUUUAAGGUAAAUGGUACCAGGAAGUUUAUUGCAACGUGAUUUUUAUGGAAAACUUCUUUUGAAGAGGACUUAACAUGUAUUUCACUAUACUGACAAUGGUAAUAAUAUAUUAUCAUGUUAUAUUAUUAUGCGAACUACAUGUUAAGUCCUCUUCAAAAGAAGUUUUCCAUAAAAAUCACAUAUUGCAAUACAUUUUACGGAAUUGUAGGUGUUCAUUAUUUGAACAAUCGAAAAGUUUACCAAAGAGAGAACUGUACUGGUCAUUUACAUGGCUAAGCCUGCACUUAAUGAAUGUUGCCAUACAGGAAUCAUUCAAGGACGGCAUCAAAAUGAGUGUUCAAUUUAUGAACCACACGAACCUUACACGGGAAGUCACUCUAAGCCAGAAAGGCUCAAUUUGGUUGUUUGCUUCAUUUUCUAUAUAGAAGGGAGCAUACUCAAAGUCAGAAAUACUCUGAACGGAACUUGACUUUGCGAUUAUACCUUAUGCAGUGGUACCAUUUACGUUAAAUGAUUUAGAAUAUUUUCUGUUUCAAUUUCAUUAUCCUAGGUAUGCAUUGACAUUACAAAGUGUCUAUUUUAAUACAUGCAAUAUAUAUAAAAUUGAGAGGGCGUGGUUUUAAUGUAUUCUGUUACAUCGGAUUAUUUUAACAAUUGAUCGUUAAUCAACAUUCCUGUAGCACUCUAUAUCAUUUUAUAGAAAAUAACAAAGGGGGCAGAAUAUUUGAAGCUUGAUUCCAAUUUAGGUUAAAAACAAUCUGAAGAUAUGGUAUCCUAUGACUUGAUUCCAUGUAGUUCUUUUGAGGGAGUGUGUGGAGGAGAAUGUUUGUUUCCCACGGCUUAGUUUUGUGUAAUAACAAUUAAAUUGAUUUCUAUUCAACAUUCCUGUGCAGAUUCAGGAAAUGAUUGGGGUACUGUUUCCUACUGCCUCGUCGUACGUGGCGACUAUUGAGACCAUUGGAGAUUCGGAGAUUUUGUUUUGUGUCGUCUGCUUAUGGGAUUUUAUGGGAUAUUAUAUAAUAUGGGAGAAACGAAACUUGACCUGCUCACUGUUACUGUCUCCCUGGUUACGCGUCCAUGUCAGAAUAAUGCCAGUGUGUAAAGUAUCGAGCUACUGUCUCCCUGGUUACCAAUCGAUGUCAGAUUAAUGCCAAUGUGUAACGUAUCGCGCUACUGUUUCCCUGGUUACCCAUCUAUGUCAGAAUAAUGCCAAUGUGUAAAGUAUCACGCUACUGUCUUCCUGGCUAUUAAUCGAUGUCAGAAGAACGCCAAUGUGUAAAGUAUCACGCAUCUGUCUCCCUGGUAACCUCUCUAUGUCACAAUGAUGCCACUGUUUAAAGUGCCAUGCUACUGUUUCCCUAGUUACCCAUCUCUGUCAUAAUAAUGCCACUGUUUAAAGUGCCAUACUACUGUCUCCCUGGUUACCAAUCUGUCAGAAUAAUGCCACUGUGUAACGUAUCACGCUACUGUCUCCCUGGUUAACCGUCUAUGUCAGAAUAAUGCCAAUGUGUAAAGUAUCGAGCUACUGUCGCCCUGGUUACCAAUCUAUGUCAGAUUAAUGUCAAUGUGUAACGUAUCGCGCUACUGUUUCCCUGGUUACCCAUCUAUGUCAGAAUAAUGCCAAUGUGUAAAGUAUCACGCUACUGUCUUCCUGGCUAUUAAUCGAUGUCAGAAGAAUGCCAAUGUGUAAAGUAUCACGCAUCUGUCUCCCUGGUAAAAUUAUCUAUGUCACAAUGAUGCCACUGUUUAAAGUGCCAUGCUACUGUUUCCCUGGUUACCCAUCUCUGUCAGAAUAAUGCCACUGUUUAAAGUGCCAUACUACUGCUUCCUUAGUUACCAAUCUAUGUCAGAAUAAUGCCACUGUAUUAUGUGACAGUUGAGAGAUAGACUUACAUUUGUUAGAUAUCAACAUUAUUUAUUUUACAACAGUCAUGAAAAUAAAAACGUUUACAAUUUAUACUUAUUACUCUUGUUGGCCUGAACAUAAGUGCAUUGGGGUCUUACUGUUGUGGGAAACCGGAGUACCCGGAAAAACCCACGUGGUCAGGCAGGUGACCUCAUACCUUUUCAC